AUGGAUUCCAAGGUAGAUGUUGAUGAACUGCCCAAGUUUAGGAUCUUGAUGAUUCAUGGGUUUGCCGGAAGCGAUUCGGAAUUCCGCGCCAAGUCAAGUCGGAUAUGGGAACGCAUCAAUGAAGUAGUAACGCCAGACAUUCUCGACGAAUUCCCAGGAGGCAUCGAAUUCUUGCACCCCAAUGGGACUUUGGUUCUCGAGCCCCCGAUAGGAUUUGGCGGGGAGGUCGACGAUGAAGAUGAUAAAGGCAACCUUAAGGGUACGAUGAUGGGCGACGACUCAGUCCUGGGAUUCAUGGGUUGGUGGUACGGUCGGGAUACCGUGAGCAGAUACCGCGGAGUCGAAGCCUCGCUCUCUUACAUUGCAAGAUUUAUCUACGGACGACCUAUCCACGCCAUUAUCGGGUUCUCACAGGGUGCCUGUCUCGCGGGGAUGAUCGCCUCUCUGCUUGACUGCGACAACAACCCGGAAAAGGUUGCCGCCAUUCGGGCUCAAGACCUACCGAUCGACGACUUCCUCAAUCUACCUGGCCAGGAAAGCAUCAGAUUCUUCAUCGGCAUGGGAGGAUAUCGCGGCACAUUAAAGUACUACGGGAGUCUUUACCAGUGGCCGAUCGAUGUACCAAGCUGUCACACAUUAGCCAAUUUUGACGCCAUCGUCAAACCCUUCCAAACCAUGGACUUGGCUCACUGUUUCACAUCAUGUGAGAUCAUUCGUUACUACGGCUCUCACUACGUUCCUAGGGACCGCAUAAGUGUAGAGUCCCUGGCCAAUUUCGCCCUCAGAAACUCCUGCAGGGAAUCUACUUCCUCUCGGUUCCCUCCCGUCGCUAGCACGACCAGUCAAUCUGACACCGAUGAGACUCAAACUGUCUCAAGUGGAAGGAGUCAGGCUCUAGCGGCCUUUCCGGUCUGGACACGGUCGAGAAAGAUCAAUGUUACAAGGAGCCGCCGCUUAAGACCAAUGUUAUCAAGAAGGUUCAUGUAG